AUGCCUCCAAAGCCUCCGUAUGAUCCAACAGGAGUCCAGGCAUUUUCAAUCCCAUCAUUCGAGUUCAUCAGCGGGGUGACGAAAGACAUCAAAGUCGCCUAUAGAUCUUUCAAUCCCACUGCUACCAAAACAGCUCUCAUACCAACAUGUUAUGGCGGACGUAUAAACACCACCCAAAAUUUCACGACCGGGGCCUUGAAAGACUACCAUGUAAUAGUUGUUGCAACAUUAGGGAAUGGCGAGUCCUCCAGUCCUUCUAAUGACGAGGACUUUCCAAAGGAUUAUUCGCUGAGAUAUUCGGAUUGUGUUAAUGCACAGUACAAGCUGCUUACUGAGCACCUUGGGAUAAAGCAUCUAGAUGUUGUGAUAGGCUUUAGUAUGGGUGGACAACAAGCCUACCACUGGGCAGUGAUGCAUGGAUCUGUGGAUAAUCCGUUUGUGAAAAAUGUGGUUGUUAUAUGUGGAAGCGCCAAAACAUCUGGUCAUAACUACGCUUUCCUUGAAGGCCCAAUCGCAGCCUUGACCACCUCUUACGACUAUGACAACGGUAACUAUAAGAAGAACAACAUCAAACCAACACAAGGGUUGCGAGCUUUCGGGAGAGCCUACGCAGCAUGGCUGACCAGUGCAGAAUGGUUCAGACAAGAGCUGUGGAGGAAAUCGGGAUAUCCGUCCCUCCAGGCAUAUCUCCACCCUCCCAUAGGAGAAGCUGCGUACGAGAGCUGGGAUGCGGAAGAUAUGCUCGUCUUGGCACGUAUGUGGCAAGCGGGCGAUAUUGCCAUGGUUGGAGGCAGUGGCGAUUAUAAGAAAGCUCUAGAGGGUAUACAUGUAAGGGUCUUGGUUAUGCCGAGUCAGACCGACCAGUAUUUUCCUCCGGAGGAUGGGGAGAAUGAGGUGAAGUAUCUGAAACAAGGCAUUUUUGCACCAAUUCCGACGAUUUGGGGACACAUUGCUGGGGGCGGAGUAAAUGAGGAGGAUUAUAAGUGGAUGAACGAGACUAUUGGGACCUUCUUGAUGGAUACGUGA